AUGGCUACUUCUGUCGUCUUGGGAACCCUUCGCCGCUUUUCCUCCGGUGCCCUUGAUACCUCUCGUGUCUCUGGUGAUAGUGAUCACGACGAUUCAGGCAUUGAUUUCGAAAGCGAGCUGACGGUGGAUGGAAAUUCCGAUGUUAUCAUUCCAGAGGACGACCUUCCAUUCACACGGACCAAGCUGGUAUUUGAAUACGAAGAAGAUGAAUUGAGCAGUAUCCGUACAGAAUUGGCUUGGGUCGUGGAUAUUCCCGAUCCGAAGCAGACAACAAUAUUGCUCAAGUGGUUGAAGGAGAGUGGACUCGAAUCACCUUCUAUGGCCCACCUCAAGCGAAUUCGCCGGACAGAUUCCAAGAUUACUAUUAUUCUUGCAUUCGCAAGCAGUUCACCAGGCCCUCCAGCACUGCCGGAAGAUGCUGAGUUACCCGCCCCAUAUUUAGUGAACGUACCGUGUUCGGCCGCGUUGACUUUGACAUCGCUCAAGUUAAAAUCGUCGCUGUGGCCAACUCUAUAUACUCCACCACGGAAGGGAGAGCUAGAAGACUGGUCAAGAAGCAAAGUCAAAUGGGCAUUUGAAGCAAUGAGACGAGUGGUACGUGAAGCUGGGCAAGCGCAUGAACAAGGCGAAUUUCCUAUCGCCGUGUAUGUGCCCAUACCGUACGAUGAAGAAACUCGGGUUGUGAGCCAGAUCUCAAGACCUUUCAUGGCUCACGAUACGCGGAAGUCGUCUGGGCAUCCACUCCGCCAUUCUGUCCUCAACCUCAUCAGAGCUGUUGCGGAUUACCGCACCUCUUCCACUCCAGUCAACCAAACUCCGCCAGACGCAGGACUUGACUCGGACUCUGGUCUAACCGACUCUGCGCCCCACAACGGCGCACACUAUCUGCUCACGUCGCUUACACUGUUUAUAACGCACGAGCCAUGCAUAAUGUGCAGCAUGGCCCUAUUGCAUUCACGCGCGAAGGAGAUAUUCUACCUCGUGCCGAUGGCGGGAACCGGCGGUUGUGGGGGCGCUGCUUGCGUGCCGAUGUUACAGGGAGUGAAUCAUCGGUUCGGUAUUGGUAGAUGGAAGGUCACAGGGGAGUGGGUAGAGAAAUACAACUUAGUGAUCGACCAAGCCGUUGACAUAUAG